AUGCCUAAAGCAGCGCGAGAUCGCAUCAGCGUCAUAUCUCAGGCUCCAAGCCCUACUGCAAUCGCGGACUUUGUCGUAGAUAAGGCCAAUCCUAUCUCAGCUGCAUAUUCCGGCGCUGUGAGGCGGCGCCGUCAGAAAAUACCCAAAGCCAGAGUUGACCUAGCUGCUUCUCGCGAGCUUUCUGAGCUUUACUGGGUUAUUAGUGACAUGUUCCCCAGCAAAACCUCAGCGAAAGACGUUCUGGAGAAAUCACUCCAGGAUACGAAGUCAUUCCAAGACCUGAUUGACCUUUUGGAACAACAUUCUUCGAAGGUGGUCUCAAGUUAUGAUGCGAUCUAUCCUCGCGAGCCUCCUCAUUUAACCAGCCUUGGUCAUCUCGACCCCACGACUAUACAACCACUCCAAGGCGCAGCAUUUUGGGAAAAAUUGAAGCGCAAACUUUCAAGUUCAUAA